AUGGAAAGCGUCUCGGAAUGUGUUGAUGGCGGGUGUAAUACAGAGCCGGCGGCACUGCCCAGUGCCCCUGAGAGCCUCAGUGAUUUGUGUGGCUCGGUGUUGAAGGUGUACAGUGACUACACGGAUCCCAACUACGCGUUGCCAUGGCAAAUGCAGCGGCAGGGUAGCAGUACCGGCAGCGGUUUCAUUGUUUCGCCAGAGGCUGGCCUUGGGGGCAAGCACAUUCUUACGAAUGCUCAUUGCGUUGCCUGGCAUAACAGGCUACACGUGAGGAAGCAUGGGUCGCCUGUGAAGUUCCCAGCAAGGGUGCUGGCUGUCGCCCAUGAAUGCGAUCUUGCACUUCUCACUGUUGACGAUGAUGCUUUCUGGACUGACACAAGAGGACUGCAAUUUGGGGAGGUUGAUGCUGCAAUAAACCCCGGGAAUAGCGGUGGACCUGCAUUAAAGGGGGGCCGGGUGGUAGGGGUGGCCUUUCAGGGCUGCGAGGCUUCUGCAGCUCAGAACGUGGGUUACAUCGUUCCUUGGACGGUGAUUAGACACUUUUUUGAGGAUCUCAGUAGACACCGCAGAUACACGGGAUUCCCAGCAGCAGGGGUUCUCUUUCAGCAGCUCGAAAAUGAAUCCAUGCAGCAGAAGCUCGGAGUGACGCAGUUAAAGCCGGAGGACUUACCGACGGGUUUGCUACGACUGCCGACGGCAAGGGGGCGCGUGCGGCUGCAGCAGCCUGCUGGCAAGCGAAUAUGCGACUUGGUGAUACCGAGCAGACGGUGCAUUUCCUUGGCUGUUGUUGCUGCCGCUGCUGCAGGUGUCACCGCGAGUGGAAUCCUCGUGACAGCGACGGACGCCUUGCGCACUCGCAACUUCUUGGACCGUGCGAAGGCAGCUGUAGAUGAAGCAAUCUCAGGAGCCGCAGCGUCGACAGCAGAAUCAGGGGGUCUAGCAGGACAAGUAGAACAUGCCGAAAAAGGCCCAAUAGCAGCGGAGGCAGCAGCAGAUGGCAAUGGUAAAGGGGAGGCAACUGUAGAGGAUUCAACGCCGCUUGCGGAUCCGUCAGAAGUUGUGCGCGAGGCCAUAGCGCAAGUAGAUACCGGCAUAGGUGACGCUGAAGCAGCAGGCAACAUGCCACCGUCAGCUGCCGAGCGCAAGGCGUUGAUACACGAGGCUCUAGACCAACGGAUUGGUCUUCGGCCUGAAGACGUGGUUUUGGCAAUUGACGGAGUAGACGUAGCCGGUGAUGGAACUGUUCACUUUAGAGGAAUGGAGCGAGUUAGCGUAACGAAUGUCAUCUCGGAGAAGUUCUUGGGGGAGACGCUCUCACUGACCGUUCUCAGGAACAGAAAGGUUCAAAACGUUGUGGUACCUCUAGAAGCUGAGAGUUGCCUGAUACCCAAGCACCAGUGGGGGAAGAAGGCGAGAUAUAUUAUUUACGGAGGCCUUGUGUUUUGCCCAUUGACGCUUGAAUACCUUAAGGAUGAAUUCGGUCCCAAGUUCCAUGAGAGAGCGCCCAGUACUCUACUGCGGCCUCUCUCAGAGGUGUUCGCCACGGUCGAAGGAGAAGAGCCGAUUGUACUUACGCAAAUUUUGGCCUCUGAUCUGACCAGUGGUUACAGCGUGCGCAACUGCAUGCUCUCCAGCGUGGACGGAGUGAAAGUCAGAAAUCUCCGCCACUUGGCGCAGCUCUUGGGGAUUCAAGCACCUCAGCAGCAGCACACGCACCAGAAGUACCUACAUUCCCAAAAGCAGCAACAUCAGGAGCAACAGCAGCAACAAAGUCAAUUCGUUACUUUUGUAUUAGAGGAAAAAUUCCAGGUAGUGCUGAACAGGGAAAAGGCCGAGGCUAUGCUCGCCGACAUUCUACAGCAGCACGCUAUACACAAGCAGACAAGCGACAACCUUUAA